GGUGGGGAGGUGAGUGUGAGAGGUGUGCUCCCACUGGUGGGCGUCUGGGGCACUUACUCCAAGUGUGGGUGGCUCAGCUUGUGGGCCACCCUGUGGCCAAUAGCUGUCUGCUUGUGGGAAGGCCCUGCUCUUUCCAGCUGUUGUCGAGCUCCACGGGGCUUAGGAAAUUGAAUUCCAGUCUCCACACAGCUCUUUCCCAGGGUUGGGAAUGGGGAGGGCCAGUUCCACUUGGUCCCUGGAGAAUGCUGGGGGGCUGUCCCAGUAACUCCUAAGGCCACUGUUGCCCCGUGGUCCUCUCCCUUUGAAACUCUGGAGUUCUGCAGCCGCCCCUCACCCCUGCCCUGCCCUUCCCUGUAGCCCCCAAACAAGCACCUCAGCCCGGCUUCCUGAGAGAUCUCGUUUUCCCUGAGUCAGGUCAGCACAGGACUCCGAGGUGGAAGCAGAGCUCCGGCCACAGUUCCCGUUGCCGAGGCCCCAGGCCUGGGGAGGACGACCAGAGGCCCCACGGGCAGUGUCUCCUUCUGGCCUUGGGCAGCAUGGUGCCCGCCACUCAGGCGGUGGAGGAGCAGAAGCCCGCAGAGCCAGGGCUGGACCCGGAGCUCAAGUCUAGGAGAUGUCUGGUGAUCUACCUCUGCUUCUAUGGCUUCAUGGCACAGAUGCGGCCAGGGGAGAGCUUCAUCACACCCUACCUCCUGGGUCCUGACAAGAACUUCACACGCAAGCAGGUCACCAACGAGAUCACACCAGUGCUGUCCUACUCCUACCUGGCUACGCUGGUGCCCGUCUUCCUGCUCACCGACUACCUGCGCUACAAGCCAGUGCUCGUGCUGCAGGGCCUGAGCUACAUCUCCGUGUGGCUGCUGCUCCUAUGGGGCUCCACGGUGCUGCACAUGCAGUUCAUGGAGCUCGUCUACAGCAUCACCAUGGCCGCCCGCAUCGCCUACUCCUCCUACAUUUUCGUGCUGGUGCGGCCCGCCCACUACCAGCGCAUGGCCAGCUGCUCGCGUGCGGCCGUGCUGCUGGGCGUCUUCACCAGCGGGGUGCUGGGCCAGCUGCUGCUCUCGGUGGCUGGGUGCUCCUUCACCAAGCUCAACUACAUCUCGCUGGCCUUCCUCACCUUCAGCCUGGUUCUGGCCCUCUUCCUCAGGUGCCCAAAGCGCAGCCUCUUCUUCAACAAUAGUGCGGGCAGGCCCGGUGCCGCCUCGCCCUCCGAGCUGGACCGAAUGAACCCGCUCCCUGGCCUGCGUGCUGGUGGGAAGCGGGUUGCGGCGCUGCGGGUGGCCAUGUGGGACUUGGUGCUUGUGCGCAUGUUGAGGGAGCUGGUGCACAGCCUGCGGCGGCCGCAGCUACGCCUCUGGUCCCUGUGGUGGGUCUUCAGCUCCGUGGGCUACUACCUCAUCGUCUACUAUGUGCACAUCCUGUGGAAUGUGGUCAACCCCACUGAGGACACCACUGCGGUCUACAACGGCGGGGCCGACGCUGCCUCCACCCUGCUCA